AGUGGGGAGGAGUCAGUCGUUAAAAGCUGUUCCGGGCCCUGACUCACCCGCGAAGGCCAGGUGCGAGUGCUGUGGUACCCGGGCUGCGCUGCCCCGCCGGCUGCUCCAAUACUGGAGUCUGAGCAGGAAGUUUACGGCCUCCACCAAAGACCGACCAGCCAAAGGUAGGAGCGGGACUGGGUCCGACGCUGCACCGCAGCCAGGAAAGGAGAAAGCAGCCCGCCCUGUACAGAUUUUGCACUCCACUCUCCUUCAGGGUGCAGGAUCGAUCCGGUAGCGAGCGGGGCUCCAGAAUAAGGACUCUGAACUCGGGGACGAGAUAUAUACUUUCUAAGGACACGAGAUUCUCUAGAACGACUCCAUACUAGGAAGACACUUACAUUUUAAGGAUACCGGGUUUGGAGAUCAACGUUUCGCUUUAGAGGAGAGGGCGUGUAGGCGCCCUCUUCAAGGCUUCCCUCCAUCCCCAUGGCGCUACCAGGCCUCUCACAAGACCAGGCUUGGAGCCUGGAACCGCCUACUCCCACGGCCCCUGCCUCCUCAUCCUCGGGCUCCCAGGAGCGGGAGGACGCCGAGAGCCCCGUGGUCUCCGGGGGCCUUCCCCUGGAGAAGGUGAAGCGACCCAUGAACGCCUUCAUGGUGUGGAGCUCCGCUCAGCGCCGCCAGAUGGCGCAGCAAAACCCAAAGAUGCACAACUCGGAGAUCUCCAAGCGCCUGGGCGCGCAGUGGAAGCUGCUGGGCGAGGACGAGAAGCGGCCAUUCGUGGAGGAGGCCAAGCGGCUGCGGGCCCGACACCUGCGCGACUACCCCGAUUACAAGUACCGGCCACGGCGCAAGACUAAAAGCGCGGCAGCUGGGCUGCCCCAUUUCGGCCAGGGAAGCGGCUGUGUGGCUGUCAGCGGGCCGGUCUGGGGACCAGGAUACGUGACCACCCAGGGGAGCAGAGGCUUUGGGUACCAGCCCCCCAACUACUCGACAUCCUACUUGCCUCGCGGUUUCAGCUCUUCCCACUCUAAACCAGAGGCCUCAACGUGCUCCCUCCAUCAGAGUAACCCUAGGCUCCAGGGGGAACUGCUCCCCCACUACAAUCCCUAUCCACCCCCAGGCUCUCCUACUCCCUACAACCCUCCCCUCUCAGGGGCCCCCAUGCCCCUGGCCCACCUCUAAUAAUCAUGGGUAUAGACCUCCCAGGAAGGGCUCCAACCUCUUUUUCACCCAGAACUAUCCCCUUACUUCCAAACGGCAAACCCUCCUUUUGCACUGUUGGACCACAGGUUAGAGGAGGCCUGCAGUCCAGCCCUCUCCCCCCACCCCCAUCCAGAGGGAGCAACAUAACUUUUUAUAUUUUUUGUAGGACAAACACGGUUUUGUACAAUUAA